AUGAUGGUAAAUGAGGUUUCAGACUUGGCAUCUCCAUCUUCUCUAGGAGUUGUCACGGCCACCUGUGUGUCUAAGGUGGAGCUCCGCGUGUGCUGCAAGAAUCUGUUGGACCGAGACACACUCAACAAGUCAGACCCUUGUGUCCUGCUACUUAUGCAGUCUCAGGGCCAAUGGAUGGAGGUGGACCGGACAGAAGUCAUAAAAAGCAAUUUGAAUCCUGUCUUCUCCAAAGUGUUCACAGUGGAUUAUUAUUUUGAAGAGGUUCAGAAGCUACGGUUUGAGGCUUACGACAUCCACGGACACUGCAGCAUUGGCUCAAGGGAUGACGACUUCUUGGGGGGAGUGGAACUUACUCUGGGACAGAUCGUUGCACAGAAAAGGAUUACCAAAGGCCUCUUCCUGAAAUAUGGAAAAUAUGCCGGAAAGUCCACUAUAACGGUCAUUUCAGAAGAAAUCUCUGGAAAUAACGGAUAUGUGGAGCUGUCGUUCUGCGCAAAGAAACUGGAUGACAAGGACCUUUUUAGCAAAUCAGACCCCUUCCUGGAACUGUACAGAGUAAAUGAUGACCAAAGCGAACAACUGGUGUACAGGACAGAGGUUGUUAAGAAUAACCUGAACCCUGUGUGGGAGCCAUUUAAGGUAUCCUUGAGUUCUCUAUGCUGCUGUGAGGAGAAGAGAAAGCUCAGGUGCCUAGUCUGGGAUUAUGACUCCCGCGGAAAACAUGAUUUUAUUGGAGAGUUUUACGCAACCUUUGAAGAGAUGCAGAAAGGAAUCGGUGGGAACAAGGUACAAUGGGACUGUAUAAAUCCUAAAUACAAAAUUAAGAAAAGAAACUACAAGAACUCUGGGGUGGUUAUAUUAUCUAAUCUGAAGAUACACCGAGUCUAUUCCUUCCUCGAUUAUAUAAUGGGUGGAUGUCAAAUCCACUUUACCGUUGCCAUAGACUUUACAGCGUCCAAUGGAGAUCCCCGAAAUAGCUGCUCCCUUCACUAUAUUAACCCUUACCAACCCAACGAGUAUCUGAAGGCCUUAGUUGCUGUGGGAGAAAUCUGCCAAGAUUACGACAGUGAUAAAAGGUUCUCUGCCCUUGGAUUCGGUGCUCGCAUUCCUCCAAAAUACGAGGUUUCACAUGAUUUUGCUAUCAACUUCAACCCUGAUGAUGAUGAAUGUGAAGGUAUUCAAGGCAUAGUGGAAUCAUACCAGAAUUGCCUCCCUAAAAUUCAGCUGUAUGGCCCUACAAAUGUGUCACCUAUCAUAUCCAGGGUGGCAAGGCUGGCAGCAGAAGAGGAGAGAACUAAAGAGGCUUCGAAAUACUAUAUUCUGCUCAUCCUCACGGAUGGAGUGGUAACAGAUAUGGCAGAUACCAGAGAGGCUAUCAUGCGUGCAUCCUACUUGCCUAUGUCCAUCAUCAUUGUGGGAGUUGGAAAUGCAGACUUCACCGACAUGCAGAUUCUUGAUGGGGAUGAUGGAAUUCUGAGAGCACCCAAAGGGGAACCAGUUCUCCGAGACAUCGUCCAGUUUGUUCCAUUUAGAGAAUUCAAAAAUGCUUCACCGGCUGCCUUGGCAAAAUGUGUCCUGGCUGAAGUGCCCAAACAAGUAGUAGAGUACUACAGCUACAAAGUCUUCCCUCCCCGCUGCCCACAGGAAGAUUCUCCGGACUCUGCUCUCAAUUCUCCUCAAUGA